GCUACCAAACAGUUUCUGGAGGAAAUCAACAAGUGGACCACUCAGCAUGGAGUGACCCCGCUGUCCUGGGAAGUGGCCGUCAAGUUCCUCAUGGCGCGCAAGUUCGAUGUGCUCCGAGCCAUUGAGCUCUUCCACAGCUACAGGGUAAGUGUGUGUAUGUGUGCGUGCGUGCGUGUGCAUGCCAGUGGUGGCUGGUAACUUGUAAAGUUAGGGAGAAAGAUGGUUGAAAUUUAUUUUUAAAUAAACUUUUUAGGAGGAUUGUUUUUAUAUAUUAUUUUUUCCUCAAUGUUGAGGGGGAAAAGCCUCCUCUUCCUCCCUUAUCUUGGCAAAGGAGAAAUGUUCACUAACAGGGAUAUAAACAAAUUGGUGCACCAAAUUUGAGAGAAAAAGCUUUUUGUGCAUAUGGAUCUUUUUAUUUCAGCUCAUGAAACAUGGGACCAACACUUUACAUGUUAUGUUUAUACACAUAUGUAUUUAUAUAUAUAUAUAUGUGGACACCCUGUCAAAUUAGUGGAUUUGGCUAUUUCCGUUGCUGACGGGUGUAUACAAUCGAGCACACAGCCAUGCAAUCUCCAUAAACAAACAUUGGCAGUAGAAUGGCCUUAAUGAAGAGCUCAGUGACUUUCAUCGUGGCACCGUCAUAGGAUGCCACAUUUCCAACAAGUCAGUUUGUGAAAUGUCUGCCCUGCUAGAGCUUCCCAGGUCAGCUGUCAGGGGCGCAACUUUCACUGGGGACAGUGGGGGAACAUGUCCCCCCCACAUUCUGAAAUUACAUUUUUGUCCCCCCAAGUUUUAUCAUUGGAAUGUGAUACAAAACGAGGCAACGGUGUGCUUUAGGACCAUGCUGAUGUCUCAGAGCGGUCGGGUAGGCUGUUUUGGAGUGUUUAUCCGUCUGGAUCAAAAAAUAUAUAUGUUAUGCCCCCCCCCCACUUCUAAAAUCAAAGUUGCGCCCCUGAGUGCUGCCACACAAGCUCACAGAACAGAACCCGUGAGUGCUGAAGCGCGUAUCGAGUAAAAAUCGUCUGUCCUCGGUUGCAAUGCUCACUACCGAGGUCCAAGGUAUUUUUAUUUAAUUUUUAAGUGGCACUGGAGAAUAUGGCUGCCAUUUUACAGCCCUCUAACCAAUUGUACUAUUAUGUGUUUUUUUUUGCGUUAUUUGUAAUUUAUUCUGUACAUAAUGUUUCUGCCACCAUCUCUUUUGACCAAAAAGAGCUUCUGGAUAUCAGGACAGCGAUUACUCACCUCGUAUUGGACGAAGAUUUUUUUCUUCAACGAGUCAGACGCGAAGGAUAUCCUACAGACACCCAACAAGGCCCAAAUCCCCGUCAUUUGCAUGAGAAAGAGACGGACAUAUCGUGGACAUAGGUCGGGGUGCCUUGUAAGGAUCCGACGGAGAGCGAGUAAACUGCCUCUUCCAUCAAUCCUAUUAGCCAAUCAUUUGAAAACAAAUUGGACGACCUAUUAUUUAAGGUUAUCCUACCAACGGGACAUUAAAAACUGUAAUAUCUUAUGUUUCACUGAGUCGUGGCUGAACGACGACAUGGACAACAUACAGCUGGCGGGAUAUACGCUACAUCGGCAGGAUAGAACGGCUGACUCCGGUAAGACAAGGGGUGGCUGUCUGUAUAUUUGUAAACAACAGCUCGUGCAUAAAAUCUAAUACUAAGGACGUCUCAAGGUUUUUGCUCGCCUGAGGUAGAGUAUUUCAUCAUAAGCUGUAGACCACACUUUUUACCAAGAGACUUUUCAUCUAUAUUUUUCGUAGCUGUCUAUCUACCACCACAAACCGAUGCUGGCAUUAAGAUUGCACUCAAUGAACUGUAUAAGUAAACAGGAAAACGCUCAUCCAGAGGCAGCGCUCCUAGUGGCGGGGACUUUAAUGCACUAAUUUCUACCAGCAUGUUAAAUGUGCAACCAGAGGGAAAAAAAAAACUCUAGACCACCUUUACUCCACACACAGAGACGCAUACAAAGCUCUCCCUUGCUCUCCAUUUGGCAAAUCUGACCAUAACUCUAUCCUCCUGAUUCCUGCUUAUAAGCAAAAACUAAAGCAGGAAGCAUCAGUGACUCGGUUAAUAAAGAAGUGGUCAGAUGACGCAGAUGCUAAGCUACAGGACUGUUUUGCUAGCACAGACUGGAAUAUGUUCCGGGAUUCUUCAGAUAGCAUUGAGGAGUAUACCACAUCAGUCACUGGCUUCAUCAAUAAGUGCAUCGAUGACGUCGUCCCCACAGUGACUGUACGUACAUACCCCAACCAGAAGCCAUGGAUUACAGGCAACAUCCGCACUGAGCUAAAGGGCUCUGCCGCUUUCAAGGAGCGGGACUCUAACCCAGACGUUUAUAAGAAAUCCCGCUAUGCCCUCCGACGAACCAUCAAACAGGCAAAGAGUCUGUUUGAGAAAAGAUUUAGCAUGGGUCCUCAGAUCUUCAAAAAGUACUACAGCUGCACCAUCGAGAGCAUCCUGACUGGUUGCAUCACCGCCUGGUAUGGCAACUUCUCGGCCUCCGACCACAAGGCACUACAGAGGGUAGUGCGUACGGCCCAGUACAUCACUGGGGCUAAGCUUCCUGCCAUCCAGGACAUCUAUACCAGGCGGUGUCAGAGGAAGGCCCUCAAAAUUGUCAGACUCCAGCCACCCUAGUCAUAGACUGUUCUCUCUGCUACCGCACGGCAAGCAGUAACGGAGUGCCAAGUCUUGGUCCAAAAGGCUUCUCAACAGCUUCUACCCCCAAGCCAUAAGACUCCUGAACAGCUAAUCAUGGCUACCUGGACUGUUUGCACUGCCCCCCCACCCCCACCCCAUCCCCCUCUUUUUUACGCUGCUGUUACUCUGUUUAUUAUUUAUGCAUAGUCACUUUAACUCUACCCACAUGUAGAUAUUACCUCAAGUACCUCGACUAGCCGGUGCCCCCGCACAUUGACUCUGUACCGGUACCCCCCCCCCCCCCCCCCCCCGUAUAUAGCCUCCCUACUGUUAUUUUAUUUUACUGCUGCUCUUUAGUUAUUUGCUUUUAUUUCUUUACUGAACACUUUUUUUUAUAAAAAUAAAAAUAAAGGAUUGUUGGUUAAGGGCUUGUAAGUAAGCAUUUCACUGUAAUGUCUACACCUGUUGUAUUCGGCGCAUGUGGCAAAUACAAUUUGAUUUCAUUUGAAACUGCCUCUGGAAGCAAUGUCAGCACAAUAACUGUUCGUCGGGAGCUUCAUGAAAUGGGUUUCCAUGGCCGAGCAGCUGCACACAAGUCUAAAAUCACCAUGCGCAAUGCCAAGCGUCAGCUGGAGUGGUGUAAAGCUCGCCGACGUUGGACUCUGGACCAGUGGAAACACAUUCUCUGUUGUGAUUAAUCAUGCUUCACCAUCUGGCAGUCCGACGGACAAAUCUGGGUUUGGCGCAUGCCAGGAGAACGCUACCUGCCCGAAUGCAAAGUGCCAACUGUAAAGUUUUGUGGAUGAGGAAUAAUGGUCUGGGGCUGUUUUUCAUGGUUCGGGCUAGACCCCUUAGUUCCAGUAAAGGGACAUCUUAACACUACAGCAUACAAUGACAUUCUAGAUGAUUCUGUGCUUCCAACUUUGUGGCAACAGUUUGGGGAAGGCCCUUUCCUGUAUCAGCAUGACAAUGCCCCCGUGCACAAACCGGUCCAUACAGAAAUGGUUUGUCGAGAUCGGUGUGGAAGAACUUGACUGGCCUGCACAGACCUCAACCCCAUCUAACGACUUUGGGAUGAAUUGGAACACCGACUGUGAGCCAGGCCUAAUCGCCCAACAGCAGUGCCCGACCUAACUAAUGCUCUUGUGGCUGAAUGGAAGCAAGUCCCCGCAGCAAUGUUCCAACAUCUAGUGGAAACAUCUAGUGGAGGCUGUUAGGCUGUUAUAGCAGCAAAGGGGGACAACUCCAUAUUAAUGCCCAUGAUUUUGGAAUGAGGUGUUCGACGAGCAGGUUUCCACAUACAUUUGGUCAUGUAGUGUGUUUUUGUUCAAUGUAUACAUUUUAAGCAUGUUAUGUAAUAAGUAAUUGUCCUUGGGCCCAUGGGUAUCCAAUUGUUUGCCAUGGUAGUCCGUUUAAGCUCUGCUCCAUGCGGAUCAAGGUAAAGGCUUUCUAGUCACUUGGACAGGUAGUUCUUUGUAAAUAUACAGUACUGUAGUGUAGCCUACAAUGUUCAAUUCACAGCUUCCCACAGGUAUUUAUAGCUUAUCUGCUUGGCUAUCACGGUAUCUCUGCAAUACGUUACAUCCUGAAAAACUCCUCAAAUGGUUUCCUUUCCUUUUCUCCUUCCUUUCAUCUUAACUUCCCUUAAAUCACAUGACGGGUAACAGCACACUUGCUGGUAGGACUCAUCCAUAUAUUACCUUCAUCCUUCCAGUCGUUAAUCAAAUCCAAUGCAGAUGAAGGAAAGGCCAAUCACUGAAAAGUUCUGAGACACACUAGGUCUGGGAUGGGGAAAUGUGGUCCUUCACUACCACACCUGAUUCAACUGAUAGUAGUGGCCUACAUUGAAGACUGUUUAGGUGGAUUUGGAUCAUUUGAAUCAAGUGUGUUAGUGCUGGACUGGAACAAAAGCCUGUAGACUUCACAGGCCUGAUGUUCCCUUAACUCUUCUUUUCACAUGUGUCCAGGAGACACGUCUGAAAGAGGGCAUCGUCAAACUACAGCCUCAGGAGGAACCUCUGCGCUCGGAACUGCUCAGUGGGAAGUUCACUGUGCUGGUGAGUUUUUAAUAGGGUGUGUGUAUUGUGUUUGUGUGUUUUGUGUGUGCAAGAGCGUAUGGCUGCUUUUGGCAACCCUCUGUGGCAUUAGGCCUACAACAACCAUCUUAACUAUCUCUUCAUUUCACUCUGUGUCAAAAUGGGGGGGACAGCGGAGGAAAUGCUCUUGGACCGUCUUUUUUUUUUUUUCUUUUACGGCGUUAUGAGAUUUAUGGAGCUGUAUGAGCCGUGCUGACUAGGCUGCUUUCUGCUGUAGUAGUUAAAGUAGGUGGGUGUGUGUGGGGGUUGUAGACUGUGGUGGAGAUUGGUUAUGCGUUUUGGGUUCAUAUCCCAUUACAGGGGUCGGCAACAGGUGGCUCGCGAGCCAAAACCGGACCCCCCCAAAGGUUUUAGUAAAAUAAACAUGUUUUAUGGGAGGUGGUGGAAUUUUAGAUUAAAAAAUACAAUUAAAAAACUGUCAUCACCAGGAAUUCAGCAAAACAUUUGUUAAUUUAGGAAAUCUAUUCCCAAGUAUUCCCACAAAUAGAAGAAAUACAUAUGAUCGUGUCUCAAGGUAAUCAAGGUAUGAAAUUAUUAUUUUAAAAUACAAUCUAUUUUUAGGCAUAGUGGUCAAUUUGCAGUGUUCAAAAUUAUUAUAAUUAUGUUCCGGCCCCCCGACCAUCAACCUGCGGCUGAAUCUAGUUGCCUACCUCUGUCCUAUUUAUAAUACCUGUAUCAGAAAUUGGAUUGGACGUUGAAUUCGAGAUGGUAUUUUAUAGUAAUUCAGAAUUGUGAAUGAUAAUGUUAAACUGGGUAGAGUUUCAGCAAGGGUGUAAGAUAUCAGAAUAUUCUGUGGUUGGUUGGUAGUCUUUAGAAUUCAGGGUCUUUCCAUGUACUUUGUCUGGGACUGGUGUGGUAGUGAAGGGUCCCUCCCUCCGCAGUGGUAGAGCUAUGACAGCUGAUUAUCACCAAUCCCUCUAUUCCCUCCCCAUUAUUUGAGGGCUAUUUUGCCCUCAAAUAACAGUAGGAGGGCCCGUAUUCAUAAAGCAUCUCAGUGUAAAAGUGCUGAUAUAGGAUCAGUUUAGCCUUUUAGAUCAUAAUAAAUUAAAGGAUAUGGACAUGGGGGACCUGGGCCCGUAUUCAUAAAGCAUCUCAGAGUAGGAGUGCUGAUCUAGAAUCAGGGCCCCCCUGUCCAUGUAAUCUUAUUCAUUAUGAUCUAAAAGGCCAAACUUAAUUAAUUCAGCACUCCCACUCUAAGACACUUUACGAAUGCGGGCCUUGAUCUGUGAAUUAUUGCCUUUUAUUAUUGCCUAGUUAUUUGCCAAGUCAAAAUAAGUCACUCAAUCUGCUUUUUGGAUGCUGGGGUGAGUGUUAAAUGUGGAGAAUGUCCUUUCAUUGAUAAUCCAGUAACCUGGUGGCCUGUUUUAAUUUAAUUGAAUGGGGCCCUGGUUUUCACAAUUGUUGCCUCUUUAGUGAGAUGUUGCAUUCUUACUGAUAGUUUGUUUCACACAAGUCACUCCUUCAGAGAUGUGAUGCGGCGCCCAUUUUAAAUCUACUGACUCUGAACCCAGGCGCCUCCCUGUGGCCAAAGCUCUCAUUGCUUCUCAUGGUCAUGUCCACUUUGCCACCCUGUGGUCAACCUGAACACCAGGAGACCCCAUUUGAGAUAUUUUGACCUGCAGGCUGCCAUGACGUCCCAUGUAUUUGAUGAUUGCAUGUUGGAUUCAGUGUGCAACUAGUCUAGAGUCUAGACUAGAGUUUUGCGUCAAACUUCUGUGUGCAGCUCUACUGUAAACUAGUGAUGGGGGGGAAAAAUCUAUAGUUACACAUCGGGAUAUUAUUUUUGCGCUAGCUGGCUAUACCUGCACCAAAAUGCCAGUAUUUUUCAUUCAUAGCUUUUUCUCCAUCUUCUUUUAUUUUUAGCACUUUUAUUUCCAUGACUGAUCAAAACUCGUUUUCUCAUGGCUCUCUGUUGUCCCUCUGCAGCAGACAUAUGGUGAGCAAUAUGUUUGGAACAUCGUAACUCAAUAUAAAUCACAGUAUCGAGUUGCAAUACAUAUAGAAUCGGGAGAAUCUCAAUGCAUAUCGUAUCGGCACUUAAGUAUCGCGAUAAUAUCGUAUCGUGAGGUCACUUGCAAUUCCCAGCCCUACUGUAAACUGUAUGCACCGCUAUCAGAAUACCACUUACAACUAUGCCAACAGAGAAAAAUCGAAAUGUAUAACAAAUGAUAAACUUGCAGUCACUUUUUAACACGUUUCUACGUUUAAAUGACUUGAUUUGUGAUGCACUAUUGCUUGUUUUUCUCACCCACAGGUGCUGUAUAGAAUCGUAUUUGAAUCAGGACUUCAGUGCAGUGCAGCUAAGAAGCACACCCUAAUCUCUCCUAACUCUGACCCCUGUCUCUGUUCUGUUCUGCCAGAGUGUGCGAGACCCAUCAGGCGCCUCCAUAGCCUUGUACACAGCCAAGCUCCACCACCCCAACAAGACAGGAAACCAUGUUGUCCUGCAGGCUCUCUUCUACCUACUGGACCGGGCUGUGGAGAGGUGAGAACAAAGGGAUGCAUAUGUUAUAGUAUUAGCCUAUUAUGUGUUCUGAUCAAUUAUGUAGGUGAGACUCAGUCUCUGUCCCAAUUGUCUUAGAUUACCUAAAUGACCAAUUGUCUUAAUUGAUCAAGACCAUUGGAUAAAAGGCAGGCUUAGUUUUACAACACAGCAGACAAAUUGGACCAAAUAUGAGACAGGAUGUUGGCAUUGCACUGUGACAGUGUGUUGUGAAAGUGUGUGUAAUUUGUAUGACCUGAUGAGCGAUUUUAGAAUCCUUUGUUACUCCACGAUUGAUGAGCAGCUAUUAGCACCUAUGUCAUGCAUUAUAAUGCAUUACGCAUAGCACAUAAGGCAUUAUAAAUAUGCCUAUAAUGCAUUAUGAAGAGGGAAUUCAUAGGGAGUUUUAUUAUUAACGAUUUUUUCUUACUAUUAUUUAUUUACUUAAAACAACAAUGCAAUACACAGACAAUACAAAUGGCCGCUCCCAUUAGUGGGUGCUCUGGUCAGUGGGUGCGCUCGCCCCGAGAUGCCGGCAAGGCCCCGCCCCCAGCCCAAAGGGAUUUUCCAAGGGCGGGAAAAACCAAGUCCUGCCCUACGCCCGGGAAGGCAUGGAAGCGAGCGCACCCAUAACUACCAGGACCAGAACACACACCGCUCACAGCAUGAAACCAAACCACAAAACAGAAAUAGCGAAAUGCAAAACAUUUGCGUAUGUAAUUGUUCCAACACUCGUCAAUUCCACCCUUCAGACAGCCACAGAUCAACCCAUCCUUCCCCAAAAAAUCAUAAUUCUACCAUUUCCUCUUGCAAUACCCAUUUAAUGUUCAUAAGUGUUACCAACAUAUUUUUUAUUUCUCUCUCUCCCCCCAGCUUUGAAACUCAAAGAAACGGCCUGGUGUUCAUUUAUGACAUGGCGGGCUCCAACUACACCAACUUUGAGCUGGACCUCAGCAAGAAGAUUCUCAACUUACUCAAGGUAAGACAGGACUGAGGCAGCAUAUUUUAGUAUUGUAUCAAUAUCUGUUCGCCAGGCUAAUAUGUUGACUGAUGACAAAAAUGUACACUCCAUGUUUAUGAAUGAGAGGCCAGGAUUGCGAAACGGUGUUCCAAAACUGCAGGUCUGCUCUGUUCUACACCAGGGGGCUUUCCCUGCCAGGCUGAAGAAGGUGUUGAUAGUGGGCGCCCCUGUCUGGUUCCGCGUGCCCUACAACCUGCUGAGCCUGCUGCUUAAGGAGAAACUCAGGGAGAGGGUGAGUGCAAUGGUACUAUCCUCACUAUGGGUAGAACUGUGUCUUCAAAAACAAGCACUAAUUCCAACUAUAAAGAACUGUCAAUAAUAUGUGACUGUAGUAAUGUCACCUCACAGUGUAGAGCCAAACAUGACCCCUAUAUCUCUCUGACAUUGCACCAGUAACCCCCUGUCACUCCCUGUCCUAGUUUGGGAACAUCUCAACAAUGUAAGGACCUGGGGAUGAUCGUUGUGCUCCCUUCCAGUGUAUAACACCUGACAUUGGAAGGUGAACCGCCGCCCACACCUGCAAUGUUUUAUUUUAUUUUAUUUUACCUUUAUUUAACUAGGCAAGUCAGUUAAGAACAAAUUCUUAUUUACAAUGACGACGCUGGCCCAAUUGUGCGCCGCCCUAUGGGACUCCCAAUCACGUCCGGUUGUGAUACAGCCUGGAAUCGAACCAGGGGGUCUGUAGUGACGCCUCAAGCACUGAGAUGCAGUGCCUUAGACAACUGCGCCACUCGGGAGCCCAAAUCAAUGUAAUUGAUACACAAGGCACUUCAUCAGCUGUCAGAUGAUUGAUGGGUGCAAGGCAUCUCCACGGUGACCUCUACUCAGGAACUCACUCCUCCCAGGGAAAGCUAACGUUUGGGAUCAUAAAUCACAUCGGCUGUGUCCGAAAUCGCAUCCUAUACCCAUUCAGUGGGGUCUAAAAUGAUUGACACCCUUGAUAAAGAUGAGCAAUAAUCACUGUAUAAAAUAAAUAAUUCAAAUACUGAGCUAUAUUAUAUGCUCCAAAAUUUUUUGAAAUUAUAUUCUUUAAUACUAAUACUUUUUUCUCAAAAAGGUAGGGGUCAAAAUUAUUAACACCCCUAAAGAUUCUUUUAAAUAAAGUAGUCAAAAGUUAAGUAUUUGGUCCCAUAUUCCUAGUAUGCAAUGACAACAUCAAGCUUGUGACUACAAACUUGUUGGGUGCAUUUGCAGUUCGCUUUGGUUGUGUUUCAGAUUAUUAGUUUGAAUGGUAAAUAAUGUAUUGUGUCAUUUUGGAGUCACUUAUAUUGUAAAUAAGAAUAUAAUAUGUAUUACUUGUUAAACAAAAUCUUUCUGAGCAAUUUUAAGAAUAUAAUUUUGAGCAUACAAUAUAGCUCAGAAUUAUAAUUAUUUAUUUUAUACAGUCAUUAUUGCUCAUCUUUAUCAAGGGUGUCAAUCAUUUCGGUCCACACUGUACCCCAAUGGGCCCUGGUCAAAAGUAGUGCACUACAUAGGGAAUGAGGUGCCAUUUUAGAUGCAGGCCAAGUCACUGUAGAUUUCACUAAAAACAGUAGAUGUAACAGAUCGUUCACGUGCCUCUGAUAGAUAUGUGUCUCUUAAAGCAGAUUAGUUAAGAAGGCAGUAGGAGAGUUAUUUUACAUUUUCCUCACCAGAACUAGAAAAGACGAUUUGAGUUAGUCAUUGAUGAUCUCGUUUAACUAUGACUUUUUAUGAACUGGAGGAGGUCAUGAGAGUGAGUGCUUGGUGUUAUCACCACAAUCACAUUAUUCAUUGAUGAGGUGACAUUUGUAGAAUGGCUCCAUAAUGCAAUAUCAGAUCGGAAUCCAUUUAUUGAUCGGAAUCCAUUUAUUGAACAGGGCAUGGGAGCAUCAUUGAAAAGCACGCGGUUUGAUUCCUUGACGUUGAUUCAUUGACUGUCCCAGUGAUGCAUUGAAUGGGAAUGAAAUCAACCUAAACCCCUAUUAAUGUAUGGAAUCCACUUUAGGACAUCCUCAAUUGGAAGUCAAGACUGAAACCUACAGCUUACAAAUCAGGAUGUCCUAAAAAGGAUUCUGUGCUUUUGACAUGUGGUCCAGUUUUAAUUGAGUUUUCUUCUCUUCUUAAGCAAGGACUUAACAUCUGAUAUUAUCACUUGACAGUGGAAGUUGAAGCCCUCACUCUCUCCUACCACCUUCUCCUCUCCCAGGUCCAGAUGGUCAAAAUGUCCGACCUCCGCCAACACCUCCCCCAGAACUGUCUCCCUGAGCACCUGGGUGGGCUGCUGCCCCUAGACGCCCAUGGCUGGAACCAGCAGCUCCUGGCUGGGCAGAACGGCCGUGUGGACCCCGUUGAUGAGCUGGUAGGCAUCCCCCUGGAGGACUCGUCGGUCCACACCCCCGGGCUGGAGGCCAUGUGCCUGCCGGAGCUCAUGGCCCACCUGGGUAGGCUCCAGCGCUCUGGCAUAUACCUGGAGUAUGAGGAAAUCCGCAAGGAGCAACCGCCAGGGACCUUCCACUGUGCCCUGUGAGUAAAUAAGCAGAAUCACUUUUAAAGGGUUAGCUGUGGGUUGAUCUAUUUCCAGGCUUUUGAGCUGCGCAGGGAGAAGCCUAGAGAGUUCUGGUCCCGUAUUCACAAAGCGUCUCAGAGUAGAAGCUGAUCAGAGCUUUCUUGGAUCAGAACCUUCCUAUCGAUUUUAUAAUAUUUUUCUUUAUUAUCUAAAAGGCUAAACUGAUCAUAUACCAGCAAUCCUACUCUGCCCCUUUGUGAAUACGGGCCCUGAGCCCUCACUGGGUUAAUGACGAGAGAAUGUGGGUUUAUCCAUUAAACUACCAAGGAAAGAAGGAAAGCGUCAAACUGGGUGGCAAAACUUUGCACCAGUCCCUUGGAGCAGUAACUUGAUACUAGUUCAUGAUAUUCUUAAAUUACCAAUGGUUGAUUGUAUGUCUGUCAAAAUCUCACCAGUACUGCAUACAACCAGGAGAGGAAUCGCUAUGGGGAUGUCCUGUGUCUUGACCAAACAAGAGUUAGUCUGAAAACAAGAAGAAACGAGGUGUGUACUUCUCAAAAGUCAUAUGACAAUGUCAUCAUGCAGUUACAAAGUGUACAGUAUCAUAACAUACGAGAUAUCAGUACCACUUUCUAGGAACCACUUGUGCAUAUAUUGCCUUUUAUCAAGCACAAUGUGCAUUAGAAGACUUGCUGUCAGCAUUCACAACAGCAUAAUAUGGUUCCAUACAGUCUUUGUAAAUGCACAUAUGCCUAAGCAUUACAUGUGGUUCCUAGAACUUGAAAUAUGAAUGAUCAUUUUUUUGUAUUAGUCUUGAAUAGGCUGUUGAGGACAAAAAAAAAAAGAACUGCACUAUAUUGCCGUACGUUUGUAUUUAAUAGACUAUCCAUCCUUUGUGAACGCUCUCUUUCAGCCUCUAGUAGAAUGUAGAAGGACAUCUUUGGUUCAUGUGCUUGUGAGAGAAUGCCUCUAGUUUUACACUCAGCAGGCUCACCAAAGGCCUCUGAUAAACGGCUCAAAACCGCCUUCAUAGCUCCCUCUUUUUAUUCACUCAAUUUAUUUGCCAUUCAUACAACAAGGCUCUAUAAUGUUAUCGGGAUUGCUACUGUACAGCUCUGAUGUUAUAGGACCCCUAUUCUCCCAGUCGCUGUGACAAAGGCCUGUUUGUUCCCACAGAGAUCGGACUACAUAAACGCCAGCUUCAUGGAUGGCUACAAACAGAAGAAUGCGUACAUCGGUACUCAAGGUACAACAAUGGCCGUCUAUGAUAUUACACCUGCUAGUUUCACCAUCAGAGACUUUUGCACUGAUCAUCAGACUUUUGUACUAGUCAUUUUGAUGGGAUAUUCAUUCAUUUGUAAGAGGUUCCUUUGGUUCUCAAACUAUUGGUAUUUUGGUAACACUAAAGUCGACAGGUAUAAUGCAUUAUGAUGUGUUUGAUGCAUUGAAAGACUUGUCACAAGCAUGUACACUAAGUGUACAAAACAUUAAGAACACCUUCCUAAUAUUGAUUUGCACCCCCCCUUUUGCCCUCAGAACAGCUUCAAUUUGUAGGGGCAUGGACUCUACAAGGUGUCGAAAGCAUUCCACAGGGAUGCUGGCCCAUGUUGACUUGAGCUUCCCACAGUUGUGUCAAGUUGUCUGGAUGUCCUUUGGGUGGUGGACCGUUCUUGAUACACACAGGAAACUGUUGAGCGUGAAAAAUCCAGCACCGUUGCAGUUCUUGACACACUCAAACCGGUGCGCCUGGCACCUACUAUCAUACCCCGUUCAAAGGCACUUAAAUAUUUUGUCUUUCCCAUUCACCCUCUGAAUGGCACACAUACACAAUCCAUGUUUCAAUUGUCUCAAGGCUUAAAAAUCCUUCUUUAACCGGUCUCCUCCCCUUCAUCUACACUGAUUGAAGUGGAUUUAACAAGUGACAUCAAUAAGGGAUCAUAGCGUUCCUCUAUUCAUCAGGUCAGUCUGUCAUGGAAAGAGGUGUUCAUAAUGUUUUGUACACUGUGUAUGACCCCCUGAUGGUCCCGCCUAAAUAACAAUUUUGAGUCGGUUGAAUAUUUUAUACAUAAAGACAUCAACAUAACAUUUUAUAAGUGUGUAUGAGCUUUGAUGUCUUAUUAUAAGGCUUGUAACAAGCAGAUAAUUCCCUUUGUUCUACUCUACUGUCCAUAGGACCACUGGAGAAUACCUAUGGUGAUUUUUGGAGAAUGGUCUGGGAGCAAAAUGUGCUAGUCGUUGUCAUGACAACAAGGUAGUUACUUUUCUUACAGCUUUCUUUUACCCAGUGGGAGUUGAAAUUAUAUCAAGUCUUAGUCAUGGCAUGAAGUAGAGGAUUGUUGUUAAAUGAUUCACUGACAUUUGGAAAUGCUGAUAUGUGGAGACUGUUGUGAACCAGACCCAUAUAUGUUACAAUGGGGCACUUCUUGUAUUGUAGAAAAAUCGUCAUAACCCUCCAGGAGAUAAUCAAUCUGUGUGUUGCAGGACGGACGAGGGCGGUCGGAAGAAGUGUGGUCAGUACUGGCCUCUGGAGGAAGGUGGCCAGGAUGUGUACGGUCACAUGGCUGUGGUCAACCAGAGAGUGGACAACCACUCCCACUACAACCAGACCACCCUGGAGCUGUACAACAUGGAGGUACAGUAGCUAGCUGGAGGUCUAAAGUGACCCUCUGCUCCCUUUACACAAGGAAGAACACAUGCUUUCCUAAAUCGGAGAUUAUCUCGCUAUAGCAUAGGCUAGCUGCAUAGGGAUGGUUGUUCACUUUAGCUGGAACAAUUUUCACUGCACAACACUACGUUCUUAGUGUUCAUGUUGGCUAACAUCAAAACUUCCAACAAGUUUGAACAUGUUAGAACAAAUGCAUAUCAGUGAUUGUUCACCACAAUUUAACACUAUUAUCAUGGUCUGUCCCGUCCCAACCAGAAUUGUGAGCAGAGGCAGGUGACCCACUUCCAAUACCUGAGCUGGCCCGACUACGGCGUCCCCACUUCGGCCUUGACGCUCAUCGACUUCCUGGGGGCCGUCAAGAGGCAGCAGAGGCAGGCGGUGAAGGGCAUGGGGCCCCAGUGGAGCGGCCACCCCCUGGGACCCCCCAUGGUGGUUCACUGCAGUGCGGGCAUAGGCAGAACAGGUGAACUAAUCAUUCUCACUGAUGACCACCACUCCUUUAGACUCUACUCCAGUCCUUGAGACCCAAAUAAAGACACAUAAAACAUAUUAUAUUAGGGCCCUGUAUUUUGCACAAUCAUGUGACAUAGCAAGAUUUUAUCCUGUAUUUUAAGCCUUAUCCAGAAAUGAGAAUUACACCAAAAAUGAAAGCAAUUGUCUGAGGAUGCAGCUGGACCAUCUGCUGGGACAGUUUGAUGAAAAAGCUUUAAAUAAAGGUAAAAAAUCCAGGCAUGUCACGAUUGCACAAACCACAGGGCGCUAAUAAGACAUCAUAAAGGCUCGUACAUGCUUAUAACAAAGAAGUUAAUUCCCCAAAAGAAGCUAUGUGGUCAGAUCACCUCAAUAACGUGUAACGCACACAAUUAAAUAGAAUCUCUAUGAUGUGAUAGUCAUAGGUGUCACCCCUAUUUCUAUAAUGGGGAUUCUGUUUCUAUGGCUAUCACCUUGGCUAUAAUAUAUGAAGGCCAUAGUGACCUAAUGUUAUUCCUGCAUCUUCCCCACUUCCCUCUCCUCUCCCCAGGUACCUUCUGUGCCCUGGACAUUUGUCUGUCCCAGUUGCAGGACGUGGGGACACUCAACGUGUGUCAGACGGUGCGGUGGAUGAGAACGCAGAGGGCCUUCACGAUCCAGACCCCCGACCAAUACUACUUCUGCCACAACGCCAUCCUGGAGCAUGCUCAAAGACAGGGCCUGCUCUCAGCCAAUCAGUGAUGCCAGGGGGUCGCCUCGUAGUUCUCGCAGCCCAUCAGUGAUGCCCUGGGUGUUGUCUUAGCCAAUCUGAAUCCAGGGGACACUUUGUAGCCAAUCAGCAUGCCCGCUCCUAGGGAUUGCCAUCACUUAUUCGACCCUUUUAAGAGGCCUCUAAGACCAACUCAUUCCUCCUUCUGACUCGAUCACUUCUGACCAAGCCAACGUUGUGAUGAAAAAUAUUAGAUAGAUAGUAAGACUCAGUAACAUACAAGACACAGCAAGCUGGCAACAAAUGUGUCAGUUCUGUGUCUUCUGAUUAAGAUUUUUAAUCAUUAAGUGGCCAAUCUUUCUGUGUCUAUGCCAGUCUGUCGUUAGUGUUGUGACAUACUGCACACAACCGUUUUGGUGUCUGGUGUGAUCCAGGUACUUGGCAGUAACCGAUGACAAGAACUUUGCGCUCAACAUACUUUUUAAAGAAUCUAUCACUUCUGUGACCAGUUCAGUGACCUCUGAGAAGGCCUUGAUAAUGUUAGAGGUGUGAGUGUGUCUCUCUCUCUUGCUUGCUCCCUCUCUCACAUUUAACGACUAAUAAGUGCACACAUUUUCUUACUGGUCAAUAAGACUGAUUUGUAGUAUCCCUCAAGAAGUCACGGUUUAAGUUAUUGUUUAAUAUUCCUAUGCAUGGACCACCAUUUAUUUGUUUUAGUAGUUUGGGCAAUGUAAACCCCAUGUCCUACCAAAUAGAAAUCGUUUAGCUACAUUCAAGUCUACUUUCCUAUAUUAUUUGUUCUGUAUUUUUAUUUUGUCAAUAAUAUCCACAUAGGCUCACCGUCCCUAUUUUGCAUUGUUCUUGAAAAACUCAAGAGGAACAUUUCCUCUUAACUUUAACUUCUCCUGGAGCUGAUUGAAUCUAAUGGCUACAUGUAGAAGUUGCCCCUGAUAUGCAUGCAGACUUAUCUCAUUUUACCCUACCCCCAAUCCAAGCCUCAAUGAAGAUAAAUUGCAUAGAUGACCUUAAAUUGAACUUAAAGUAACGCUACACCUGUAAAAUGUUUGUGAGUUGCUGUUAAUGUUGCUAUCUCAAUGCAUUUCCUUCAGAUCGAAGAAUUAAGGGCUGGCCUCCUCACAACACAGCCUUCAUUGUAAGUUAUUCACAUUGGCUGUUCAAACGUUUCUUGUGAAAACCUUGUGAUCAUGACAUUAAAUGUUUGGUCGCCGCUGCUUUUGCUCAAUAGUCGUUACGUAUUCUUCAGUGAGACACUGUCAUGUACUUCUGUUGAGCCGCCAAUGCUGCGAUGAACAUGAUGUAGGAAGGCCAUAACUCUGCUUCUGCCUUAAGACCCCAGUCUUAGACCUCACCUCAGUAGAGUGGAAUAUACUUUUAUACACAGCCAUGUUGAAGCACUUUGAAAUGGCUGUUCCCGUCGUGCUUUAAAGAGAUUACAGUUCUUGUGGUGGUAAAGUGCAUUUAUGGUCAAAUUGCAAUUAUGGGAGAUUCUAUACAUGUGAUAUAGGCAUAACUUGAUUGUUACUGUUGAUUGGACCUUUGACCUUCAGGCUUGUCUGGUAGUACCAUGACAUCUUGUCAUGAUUACAUGUAUAAUAUUACAGUUCCCAUUGCUGUACAGUGUCUUUGCAUCAUAUUACAUGAUAUCUUGUCGUUGGAUAAAAGAAUGUGUUCUUUGCUACUGAAUUCAUAUUGAAUUUGCUUGUAGUGGAGCCUCAUUUAAGUCUGCCAUCCUCGUGCACUCUUAGUGAUUUUAGAAUGAUUACUUUCAAUGAAGGACAGUGUGACCAAUUUUAUUUUUCUAUUGUAUUCAACAACUUUUUCUUACAAGUAUUCAGACUUUAAAAGUAUAUACUUUAAAUUGUAUUAUAUUUACUCUGUUAUAACCUAUAACUUUUUAUUAGUACGAUUGAGGACAAUUGAAUCAAAUUAUGCUGUAUGAAAAACCAACAUUUGUCUUCACGUGUACAUUUCAAAUGGUUCUGUCUUAUGACCCAAUUCAUUUGUUUUGCCAAUUACGUUUUCCAACCAAAGGAGAUUGGGAUAUGUUCAAUAACAUUUCAAAGGAAGACAGUGUAUACAGCAUAUUAAAUGAACAUUUUAAAUUCCUAA